AUGAAGACCCAUUUGGCCCUCUCCUUUGUCGGCAUAUAUGCCGCAAGCCUUGCACUGGCGGAUCACGGAGAUGAUUACGCCCAAACCAUGGGACCUGUGGCCUUUAUGUGGCCACCUGAUCGUGAAUGGGGUGCCGCCCAAGACAAUACUGCUCCUUGUGGCUCAGCAGCAGGAGUUUCGAACAGAACUCAGUAUCCACUGUUGAACGGUCAGGUUGCUCUUGUGGCUCAGGAUGAAUCCUGGUCGAUUCAGGUCGCUAUAUCUUACCGGAACAACCCAACCUCCAACGAGGAUUUCGAGACAGUCAUCGCAGCGAUGAGAAUCCCAGAAUUGGAUGAAGGACAUCAAUGCUACCCAAUUCCGAGUCCCCCUGUCGACAUCGAAGCGGGUGCGAAUGCCACCUUGCAGAUCAAGUACACAUCCGAUUUCGACACUGAUAAAAAUGAAACGUUUUAUGCCUGUGCCGACAUCACCUAUGUCUCGACCAGCCAAUUUACUUACCAAGUUCCGUGCUUCAAUGCCACAAUUGACGACUACAGUAUCACUGAGCCUGACUCGACCCCCUCCGCUACAGCAGCAGGUGCAUCUGCUACAGCAUCCAGCCCUUCACAAAGCUCGGGUUCAUCCUCGUCACACCUUUCAGGCGGGGCAAUAGCAGGGAUUGUCGUUGGCGUUGUUGUCGGAGUGACCGCCUUUCUGGCCGUUGCUCUCUUCUUUUGCUGGCGUCGUACAGCGCACAAGAAACGGCUUCGUCAGCAGGCAUCCAUCAGAGCGGUGAAAUGGGAUGAGAAUACGGCAGGGUCGCCUUCGGCUUCGCAUGCUUCUAACCAGGAGAUUGCACUCUCAAACCUUCACACGACCAGAGAUUGA